UUGAACAUUAAACAUUGAAGAACAAUAAUUAGUAAUAUUACGAUGGCUUAGACCUCAGGCACGAUGCACAGGAGAGCCUUAGGACCAAUAUGUCGAUGUCAAUACUUCGACUUGGCCUAUCCCGCUGUUGCACGGCAAUCUCGUGCGUUCCAUUCAUCCUCGCCUGCUCUCAGUCUGUACUCUCCGUCUGGUGAAUCCGCGGCUGCAGCCAAGAAGAGCGGAGAUAAUGAUUCCUCGUCGGACACAUCAAGUCUAAAAAAUCGAGGAGGAUGGGGGGCGACAACCUUCAGGUCAUCCGUCAGACCGGCCGCCAAUGCUGCGAGCGACAAUCCAACCCAACAUGCCCCAAACACCGGCAGUGGAAAGGAUCAAGCACAAUGGGGUUCUCAAAGCACCUUCGCGAAGAAAUCCGUGGGCCUUUCAUUCGCCGAAAUGACCAAUAGGAUGGCCAUCCUUACACCAGAACCGCGGCAAGGCAAAGACUCAAUAGAGAAGCAAGCCUCAUCUCCUGAGCCGCCUAAGCCUCCUCCCAAGACUCCUAAGUCCAAUGAGCCUACCGAUGCUACCGAGGGGUUUUCCAUGAAAAUCCUUGAGAAAGAAAUGAAGAAAUUGUCGCGCUUGUCAAGGUGGAGAGGUUUGGUUCCGCCGUCGAUACGUUCGAUAAACUGGAAGUGUCCGGAUUGUUCUUAUAUGUGUUUUGGCAAACAUUGUCAAUGUCCACAAUGCCGCGCAGUUCGUCCCGGACUGCGCAAGGCCUUCGAGGAGUACAAAAAGGAGACCAUGGAUAAUCAUGCUAGAAUUGAUAAUGAUCGGCCAACAAUUGUCCGACCAGCUAGCUUCGAACAAAGACCAGCACAGCUGAGCGCUAUGAAUUUUCAGACUCCUGAUCAACACACCGAUCAAGAACGAGAUUUCAAAAUCCGAAAGCUAGGCGAAUCAGCAAUAGACUCCUGGCGGAAAAACCAUGAUCGGGCUGCGGCCUUUGAGCUCCACCACACACCCCUGGAUGCAAAUGCAAAUAUGCGACGUUCUGAGGAAUCUCGUAAGCCAGAAAAACGUUGGGAGGAUGAGACGGAAACAAGGGAAGAGGAAAGGAAAGAACAUGAUGUAAGGAGAAGGGCCGAUGAAGAUCCAAUUGAUUGGGAAACGCCUCAAAAGAAACGUGCGAGACCUGUCAGACGAGAACAGUUCUUAUACGACGACGAAAAUUACGAUCCAGAGGAAAGAAAACAACGAAGAGAUAAACGAAAGCAGAAAAAGAAGCCUAGAGAAGUGGUCGAAGCUCCCAGUCCGCUUUAUCUUCCAGAAUUCAUAAGCGUCAACAAUCUCGCAACCGUCCUUGGUGUUCGACAAGCAGAAUUUAUUGAUCACUUGGAAGAGAUUGGGUUUGAAGGAGUCAUCCACAGCCAUGUCCUGGACGCCGAGACAGCAGGACUCAUUGCUGCUGAAUAUAACUUUGAGCCAAUCUUUGAAACCGACGAUCAAGACUUAAAACCCGCUGCCGAACCCGAGGACAAGUCUCUGUUACCAUCACGACCACCGGUGGUGACAAUCAUGGGCCACGUUGAUCAUGGCAAGACGACCCUUUUGGACUGGCUUCGCAAGUCAUCUGUCGCUGCUUCCGAGCAUGGAGGCAUCACCCAGCACAUCGGAGCCUUUUCCGUGUCAAUGCCAUCUGGAAAAUCAAUCACCUUCCUCGACACACCCGGCCAUGCUGCCUUUUUGGACAUGCGUCGAAGAGGUGCCGAUAUGACAGAUAUCGUUGUACUGGUUGUGGCCGCCGACGACAGCGUGAAACCUCAAACAAUAGAAGCCAUAAACCAUGCCAAGCAGGCCAACGUGCCUAUCAUUGUUGCCAUCAACAAGAUUGAUAAAGACAACGUCAAUCCAGAAAAGGUCAAACAGGACCUAGCUCGCCAUAGCGUUGAUGUAGAAGACUACGGGGGCGACGUUCAAGCCAUACCAGUCAGCGGCAAGACCGGGAAGGGUAUGGUCGAGCUCGAAGAAGCUAUAGUGACUCUAUCAGAACUUCUCGAUCAUCGAGCUGACAUCGAUGGAAACGCCGAAGGAUGGGUUGUCGAAGCGACUACAAAGAAAGCAGGCCGUGUUGCAACAAUCUUAGUAAAGCGGGGUACAGUCCGCCCUGGCGAUAUCCUUGUCGCCGGGUCUACUUGGACACGUAUCAAGACUCUCAGAAAUGAGACUGGUACUAUUCUAGACAAGGCUUCCCCGGGAAUGCCUGUCGAGGUCGAUGGUUGGAAAGAACAGCCCGAGGCAGGCUCCCAAGUUCUACAAGCCCCGAGCGAACAGCGUGCAAAAGAGGCUGUAGAUUACCGCAUGGAACGCAUGGAAAGUAAGAAAUUAGGUCAAGAUGCAACUGCGAUUAAUGAAAGUCGACGCGAGACCAUCGAGCAGCGGCGCCGUGAGGAGAGUGAAGAAGAAGAUUCCGAGGCGCCAGAGACGACAACAGGCCCUAGACCCAUCAACUUCAUUGUCAAAGCCGACGUUUUCGGCUCCGUCGAAGCCGUAACCAGCUCUGUGAGCGGAAUCGGCAACAACGAGAUUUUCGCACAGGUGCUUCGUUCUGGCGUUGGACAAGUCAGCGAGUUCGAUAUCAAGCAUGCAGCGACGUCUAGUGCCUGCGUGAUCAACUUCAACAAUGCCGUGGAUCCUGCAAUCUCACGAAUGGCCGAAGCUCAAGACGUCAAGCUCAUGAACCAUAACAUUAUCUACGAACUCAUCGACGAUGUCAAGGCUACAAUGAGUGAACAGUUACCCCCAACUGUCAUCAGCCGUGUUACCGGUGAGGCUGAGAUCGGCCAGAUCUUCGACAUCACCGUCAAGGGGCGAAACAAGAUGUCGAUUGCGGGCUGCAAGGUACGCAACGGCGUGAUUAGCCGGGCGAAGAAAGUCCGUGUUUUGCGUGGCAAAGAUAUUGUCUACGAUGGCUCCCUAUCAUCGCUCAAAAACGUCAAGAAAGACGUCCUUGAAAUGCGCAAGGAUACCGAGUGCGGUAUCGGCUUUGACGGCUGGUCUGCCUUUGAAGUCGGUGAUCAUGUGCAAUCGUAUGAGGAGACUCAUGAAAAGAGAUAUCUCCAAUAGACUAGCAUGUCUCUUGUGUUACAGUACCUACGAUUCUUUUGUAUUUAUACACUACCUGGUUUAACUUUAUAUGAGCAAUCUCUUGCAUUUGUGGGGUUGGGGUUUAUACUAUUGGAUACUUAUAUCGUUAUUAUCUUGUACAAUAGAGCAAAGACCAGGGCAUCUAUCUCAUUCCGAAAUCGGAUUUCAAAUGUUGAAUCUAUGGUAUUAUCCAUUCUUUUAUUAAUAUCAAC